AUGAUCAGAAAUUACGCGCAAAAAGUGCUUCAAAAUAUGCACCCCGGCGUGGAUGACCUCCCUCAACUUGGGGAUCGUUGGGUCCACCGAUUUCUCAAAAGACUGCCUACAGCAUACAAAAAGCAGAAGCAAAAGACUAUAGAUCCAAAGCGUCAUCUUGCUGAAGAUCUGAAUAUAAUUCAAGCCUGGUUUGAUCGUCUAGAAAUCGCAAUAAGAGAAAGGGCUAUCAACGAGCAGGCGCAUCUUGGUGGUUUCUUCUACGAUAAGAUCGAUUUUUUGGCCAAUAUUGCUCGUGUACGCGCCGAGGCAUUUACUCCACGAAUUAUCCGGAAAGGAUUUUCUGACUGGGGGCUCUGGCCUCUCAAUCUAGAUAUUGUUGUUGAUCCUUUAAUGGAAAAAUGGGAUAUCCAAAUGGGCCAAGAUUUGCAGAUUUUUGAUGGUGACGAGGAGCAAGAUAUCCCAAGUUCACCCACUAAUGCUUCAUUUUCUCCGCUAACUACUGCGUACAAGCUUUAA